CCUUGAGUUAUAUGUCAUUGAAUUUGUUUAGUUGCACAAGUUUUCGGCAUAUUUUUUAUCGAAAGGAAACAAAACAAAAAAAAAAACACAAAAUUUACAUCAAAAUAUAUAUGGCAAAUUCCCUGAACAUUUAGAAAGCAAUGGACGAACAGUCGCAUACCUUUUUGUACGAGCAACUCUGCAAAUUAAGACAUUGUCUGGGCAAUCCUAAUUAUGAUGUAAGCAAAUCCAUAAAUUAUAUACUCUCCAGACCUACUUUGAAUAAUGAUAGUCUCCAUGAAUUGGUUGUUCUCGAUAAUCUUCGACUACGUUUCGAGGAGUUGCAACUCACGGGAGAUUCGCGCAAUAAAGACCUUAUGGGGUUUCGUGCCGAUCUGAGUAUGCAUCUCUAUAGAGAACUGGCUGGGAUUGAACCAUAUGAAAAUAAACGUUACGUUUACCUAACACUAUGCUACGAACUCCUUGACGCUGGAGAACCGGAUAAUAUGACCGAAGAGGAAACCAUUGAAUAUCGUCUAAAAAAGAUUGACAGCCUUAACUAUCAGAAAACAUGUAGGUGUUUCCAAAAGGUCAAAGCCAGUUAAAUCGAAAAUAAAAGAGGGUUAUGCUAGAAUUGAUCCCAAACCUCAAAAGCAUUGUGAAUUCCAGUGUUUGAACCACCGAUCUGAAUCUUUGGCUAAGAAUAAUAUACUCAAUCAUAGAAAAAUCAUAGAUAACAACAAGAAAAUAAGCCAUGAUUGCGAAACUAAAUUGUUUGGUUGUUCCAGAUGUUUAAGAAUAAACACCGUGUCCAUCUGA